AAACAUCAGUUUUAGCUAAUUAAGUUCUGUUAAAUGCUACAUACAGAGGUAUGCUUCAUUGUAUUUUACUAUUUAGAUUUUUUACAAAAUUUUGUCUUGUGUUGGAAGGAAAACAGUUUGUAAACUUGGCUUAUGUAAAACAAAAGAGAAUCAGCAGUGUGAAGUAGCAGGACUAGUUGAGGCUCGUGUACCUGUAACUGAUUGCUGUAAUUUGUGUACAUGUUGGUCUCGUGAUGUGUCUUCCAGUUUGGAUUGAAUGUCAUAACUGUGGUAUCCUCCAUGCAGAAUUUAGACUAUGCUUUUCUUUUGACAAGAAAGUGGGGGGAAGCCUGUGGGUAUAUAUAAGGGCAGGGAGAUCACUCACUAAUCAUGGUCAUGGGCAAAACAUUCUUAGUAAAGGAGACUAAUAUAGUGUACCACCAAUUGCUAAUGGGCUGAAGUGAAUUAAAACCACCUCCCUGUCCAUCCCAUCCCACCUCCUCCCCCGAGCAGUACAGAGGAAUGGAAGUCAGUCUGUAACACUUCUUGUGCUGCUUCUCCAUGGUCACUCAGGCCCUGCUCUGCGUGGGUCCUUCUCCCCUUCCAAUGGAUGCUGUCCUUCCUAAGCUGAUCCCGUGCGCUUCUAGAACUGCCCCAGUAUGGGUCUGUACCAUGGGGGGCCCAUCUUUCAGAAGCUGCUCCAACAGUUUCCCAUGGGCGGCAGUUCCUCCAGACAUCCUGCUUCGUCCUGGGCUCCUCCAUCACUGUACGUGGAGAUCUGCUCAGUGCAAUGCCCACGGGCUGUAUGGGGACAGCCUGCUCCACUGUAGGCCUCUCCUGUGCAGCAGGGAGCUUCUGCUUCAUGCCUGGAGUAUCUCUUGUCCUCCUGCUCUGACUCUGGGGGCCGCAGGGCUGCUUCUCUCACUGCUUUCAGCCAGCUGCUGGUCCACAGUAGAUUUCCCUUUCUUAAAUCUGCUCUUUCAGAGGCACAACCAGCUUCUGUUGUGGCUGGGCUCUGGACAGUGGUGUGUCUCCAGACAAGAGUUGAUCGCAGCUGGCUCUUAUCUGCCUUGCAGCAGCUUCUGGGCUUUUCUCACACAGGCCACACCUUCAGCUUCCCAGCUGCCAGAACCUUGUAAACUCAAACAAACGGACUCUCAAAUACAAAUCAAGAAAUCCUUCAGAGCAUCUCAGUUCAGACUUGGAAGUCUGUUUCAGGAUUGGAAUCUGACAUGGCACACAGAAAAUCCAGACUUCACCCAGUGCUUUCAGAACACAAUCUUGGUCUGGGUCCCUUGUAUUUACUUGUGGGUCUGCUUCCCAGUGUACUUUCUAUAUCUUCGUUGUCAUGACAGAGGUUACAUCCAAAUGUCAAUCCUCAACAAAGCCAAAACGGCUUUGGGCUUAAUACUGUGGAUAGUCUGCUGGGCAGACCUUUUCUACUCUUUCUGGGAAAGAAGUCAAAAUAUUUUUCGAGCUCCGUUUUUUCUCAUUAGCCCUACUAUACUGGGUAUAACUAUGUUGCUUGCCACAUUUUUGAUACAACACGAAAGAAUGAAAGGAGUACAGUCUUCAGGCGUGAUGAUGAUUUUCUGGCUCAUCUCAUUGCUAUGUGCCACAGUAAUUUUUAGAUCCAAAAUUAUGCUUGCCUUAAAUACAGACACUGAAGUGGAUGCGUUUCGUUACGUCACUUUCUGCACCUACUUCAUCCUGUUACUUGUACAGCUCAUACUGUCUUGUUUCCCAGAAAAACCACCUUUAUUUUCUGAGGCAGUAAAUGAUCCUAAACCGUGUCCAGAGUUCAGUGCAUCUUUCCUGUCAAGAAUCACCUUCUGGUGGAUCACUGGAUUGAUGAUUCAGGGUUAUCGGAGACCUCUGGAAGCUAAGGAUUUGUGGUCAUUAAACAAAGAGGACAAAUCUGAGGAGGUAGUGCCAGGUUUGGCAAGAAACUGGGCAAAAGAAUGGGCAAAGACCAAGAGGUAAGUUAAUUAUCCUAUUACUGAUAA